GCGCGCCGGCGCGCGCGUCAUCCAUCGCUCGCUCGCCGUGGUGCCGUGACUGCUUGCGAGCAGCGGGCCGAGCUUCUUCUUCCAAGUGGCACAGAGAGAAUCACGAUGACGUCGGCGGCGAGUACCGCGGCCGUUUGCCACGUGCUGUCCGCGCGCUCCGCAGCAGUUUGUCACGCGCUGUCGACCAGCCGGAACGGCGAAAGCGCAGGCACAAGAGAGUGGAGAGGGGGGGGGCGUGAUGGGGGGGUCCCGGCUUCCUGCUCAACAGCGGCCGUGAGUUCGCAGUGGGGGUCUGCCUGUGGUGGGGUUGGAGAAGCUAACCGACGCUUCGGUAGCGGGCCACGUGGGGCUAUUCCCGCUGGAAUUGUUGACGCGCAGGACAAUUGCAUUUCCGUAUCCAUGUCCCAGCUCGAUGUGGUAGGGGGUGGUGACAGCCGACGAGGGCUCUGCAUUCGACCGGCUUGCAGGACACGCAACCGGAGUUCGUCAAGCUUGACAAAUACAGAGGUUAAAGGCCUUAGACUUGGCUCGUUGAGGCGAUCGGUUCAACGAAAUGCACUGCAGGAGAACAGCCAAAGCGAUGGGAAAGGCGAGGUGUCUGGCACGGGGAAUGAUUCGGUACAACCAGCGCCUUCGGGACAGCAGAGCAGCAGAUCUCAGCAAGACGGUGGAGUGGAAACUGAGGCUGUAGCUGCUGCUGGUUCUGGAUUUGUGAGCGAGUUCAAGGUGGACAUGAUGUGUGAAGGUUGUGUAAAUGGGGUCACAAGAGCGUUGCAAUCACUUGAAGGGGUACAUUCAUUUGAAAUAAGUCUCAAGGACAAGUUGGUGAAAGUAAAGGGAACUGCCACCGUCGAGAGUUUAGAGCAAUCGUUCAGCAGCGUGGGCAGAACAUCUGAGUUACUCUCUCAGAUGCCAAUAUGAGCUGCACGCAAAUCGCAAAUUGCGUUGGUAGUUGUGAUGUGAAGCACAAGUUUUUUUUUUUUUUGUGUGUGUGCUUGUGGGAGUCUGAUGAAAUCCAAAUGAUCUCCUAGUGCAUCAGAGAAGUUGGUGUGCCUCCUGAGAUGCCAACCGCUCAUGCGAUCAUGAUACGGUUGAUCAGGUUAAUCACGCAGCUCAUCCGUUGAGAGUAGAGUUUAGAAAGGCUGAUGAUGGACUGUGCAUACUUAGAAGUUAGGUGAGAAAUCCUCCACACAGCGAUAGGUGUGUGAUGGCUUUCCAAUGUUUCCAUGGAGUUGACGUCCAUAUUGUCUCUGCCGUUGUAGCAGCUCUAUUGUGGCUUAGGUUUGCGUUCUUGCAUCUGGAUUGCGUAUAGACCAUGGGGAUGACAUCAAGUUGGCAUGGACAUAUUACUUUUGAAGUGGAUGUUGUUAGUUUGUCAAAUGCUCAAGCGCCUGCUUGGCCCUUAUGGCAGCGCUAAAGAUUUGUCUAUUGUGUUUUUACAAUCAUUGCAGCUCUGGUCUGGCUUAAGGUUGUAUUCUAGUACUAUUCUAGUACUCCUUACAUCUGAAUUUCUUAGCGCCUUCAAAGAUUUUGAGGUCGUAAACUUUUGACGUUUUGAGCGCAUAGCUACGUUACAAAAAGGGCUUCUGGCCCAGAUUGCGUGGUCGGGUCGGAUUGGUCUAACUUGGCAGGUGGAGGGCAACACCAUCUAAUCAGGCAAGUCGGAAAAGGCCUGUAGUGACGCGGAUAAGCAACCGAACCGAUGGCUCCCAGAGUAGAUGGGGCCGUGUUUGCUCAGACAUCUUCUAUGGCUCUCAGCCCUUGGAGCUGUUGACAUGGGUGUGUGGAAGGUUGAAUUUUCACCUUCAGGCCUGGAGGUAUUGACAGCUGCGGGCGUUGUUUAACUUUGGUUGUGUUUCCAGCGAGCUGUGACAUCGGAGUGCUGGCCAGUCCCUUGUGGAUAUGGAUGUUAUCCUUUCCCUGGGUACAUUGUGGUAUAAGGCUGUUUGUCCUUCCCCCUGGGUGCACUGGGGAUGUUGAACUUGGUUGUGUUUCCAGCGAGCGAGCUGUGACAUUGGAGUGUUGGCCAGCCUCUUGUGGAUAUGGYUGUUAUCCUUUCCCUGGGUACAUUGUGGUAUAAGGCUGUUUGUCCUUCCUCCUGGGUACACUGCAGAUAAGACUGUUCAUCCAUCCACUGGGUACACUAUAGAUGUGGAUGAAUGUCAUAACAUGCUGCCCUUAUGCAUCAGGGCAGGGUCUGGUGCCAGUUUUGACAGGCCCUGUCAUUCCUGCUUGUUUUAGUCAGUGAUUAUGAUGGAGGUCUAUCGUGUGAGAGAGUGAAGGCGUGUGUUUGUUGUCGAGGUGGGUGUUUUAGGCACUUCCCAUUCAACUAAUCGCUUGUAUUUUUCAGAACCUUGCUCUUCGGGAAGAGUCAUGAGCCAUGAUUUUGUGCCCUUGUUCUUGAGGCAUUGGAAUCUCUUUUUUAUGACAACUCACAUGCACACAUCCGCACAUCCACACAUCCACAUGGGCAGUAGCGAUGCGGGCAUGCAGCCAUACCCGACU